AUGUCCUCCGCCUCACCUCCGCCGUCAAAUCCCUCCUUCUCCAUGUCCGCAUACAUGGUUCCCUCCAACAACCACUCAUACGAUUCUGACGAUGAGAUCGAGUCUCUUCCCUCCGAAUCUACCACAGACUCCGAUCUCGAAACUCUCUCAGAUGACUCCUCCGAUGCCGAGGCGGAAUGGAGGGAAAGCAUUGAACAAUUGGAGUUGCUGUUGACCAUGGUGCUUGUGCCUUUCAUUGGCAAGUAUAUGGGGCGAAAAUGCGCAUAUUGGAGUUGGACGCGAUUCAUGCAGUGGAAUUACCCUGUUGAGGUUGUGGUGCGGAGCCCGGGGAUCUUCAAAGGCAUCGGUGCUAUCGAGGCGGCUGCGAGCCUUUAA